AUGUCAGCGACGCCCUCAGCAUCUGGCCCCGAGCCCAGGCGGCGAUCCCAUUUUGACAUCAGUUCCCUGGCCACCGCCGCAAGGGGCCCCAGCACGAGCACGUUCAAGCUGGAUGCCACCCUGGCAGCUGCAAUAGCCCAGCAGGAGCUGGGGCCCCCAGCUCCUGGACACACCCUUGGCAGCACGCAGUCCCCAGCAGGCACCUGCGGCGGCCGCGCCCUUGCCACAGCAGACCUGCCCUUACAUGCAGGCAUCACGCAGCUGAAGCAGGCAGCCGGCGCGGCGUCCGCCCGCCGCGCCUCGGCAGACUCCACCUCGUCUCAGCGCGCCCGCAGCUUCGCGCCCCUGCCGCCCCUCGACCCCGCCGUGCUUGGGCUGCCGACCACCCACGAGCUCGUCCUCAGCUAUGCCAUCGCAGCGGAGGACGACGAUUUGGCAGUCAGGGUGAUGGCGGCAGGCCUCGCCCAGCAGGCGGCCGCGGCCGAGGCAGCCGCUGCACUUGCCGCGCGGCGGCGGCGCAGGACCGCGCCCGCGAUGCUGCCGCCUGUGCCCUCCGCACAAGGCGACCUCGGCGUCGACAACGCGGCAGCGGCGGCAGCCCGGGAACACGGCUGCAGCGCCCCGGGCGAUUGCAACAGCGCGGCAGCCGCAAGCGAAGAUCACAGCAACAUUGGCAGCAGGCAUUUCGGCUUCAGCUGUGAGACCUGGAGUGGUGGCAGCCAUCUGCAGGCGUGUGAUGAAGUGUCUGAGGCGGUCGAGGCAGCCACAGCGGCCGCCGAAGGCGCGUUGGGCCGGGUCCAGGUUGGCGCCGGCAGCCGCACGCCCCGGGCAAGCGAAACUGGCACUCCCACAAAUACCAGCAGCAGGAUGGCGCCCCCCUGCCUGAUCACAGUAGCGAGUGUGCCCUCUGGACUGACGCCUCAACCCAGCCAGCCGUCGCGAGCAGGCGGUGCCGACAGCAGCCAAGGGCCACGUGCUGCUCCCUCCAGCGACGCAGCGGCGCCUUGUCAUGGCGCAGCCCCCAAGCAACCGGACUGGCAGGCAGCUGCGGGCCCCCCGGUGUCCACUAUCAGUGGCGGCUACCCUGGAGACUGCAGCGGCUGGCUGAGUGCAGCACAGCAGCACCUGGAAGCGGCACGCUCCGCCCGCAGCCACGGCAGCAGGGGGUUGCACCUCAAGCAGGCGGCCGCGCUCAUCUGCGGGGGCCUCCCAGCGGCCGCCCCCCUCCUAGCUUCGGCUGCGGCGGCGGCAGUGGGCUUUGGCAGCAGCGCGGCAGCGGCAGGCGCAGCGUCGGCCAGUGAGCUGACGCGCGAAACGAUGAAGGCAGCUGUCGUGCAGCUGUCGCGACUCGCGUUUCCAGGGCAGCAAGGAGAAUGCAGCACGCCUGCCGCUGAGUGCGAGCACCUAAAUGGCAAUGAUGACGGACAGGAGAUUGAGGCACCGCCGCUUCAGCCUGUACCAAAUGCGGCUGCAGCAGAUGCAGAUUGCAGCAGCGGCAGCCCUGCCAACGACGCCAAUGGCAGCCAUCCGGGAAGCGGCCUGCUGCCAAACAGCAACACCCUGCCACAGGCACAGCUGCUCAGCAGCAAAACAGUGGUGCUGCCUUACUGCACGGACUGCAGUGGGGACGCCUCCAAGCCCAGUCAGGCGCAGCAGCUGGUCACCCCAGGCAGCUGCGUGGCAAGGCGCCCUCGGCCCACAACCCCAGAAAGGAGCUUGCACGAAUGCUCCCAAGAGCUGCAGACAAGCGCUGAUGACAUGUACGUUGGCACCAAUGCAGGCAGCUCCACCGCCCUGUGCGGCGAGGCGUUGUCGUGCCCCGAACCCAGGCCUGCGGAGGCACCAGCAGCUCUGGCCACAGUCCCGAUGGAAGCUGCGGCAGGGAUGGCCCAGGCGUCAGGCGCAGGGCAAGAGGCUCAUGCCUCCGGCACAUGUGCAGGUGGCUGCCACAAUGUCACAAGGACUGGCAGAGACCUCGCUGCAGCGCACGAGGAGGGUUGUCCAGCACCAAGCAGCCGGGCCUGUUUUCAGCAAAACGGUGGCGGCCUGCCGCUGCUGACGCCCCUCAACUCGCAGCAGCCCGCGGCAGAAGCGGUAGUCGCGGCGGCCGCGCCAGAGCCUACCAGCAGCCGUGACAGCGGCGUAAAGGCGGGCGAACAGCAAGGUGAUAGCAGAAAGGAGCCCUUGGCAGCGCCAUCCCAAUAG